CCUACUGCGGGAGGAGCCCUCGCAGCUACUCGUCUUGUCCCAGAAGCGGGGCUUUAGGGGACUAAAAAUAAAAGACAGGCUGUCACACAGCUCAUUUGAGCGCAACCACGUCAGUCAGCCCACCUUGAAGCGUGGACUCAUGGCAUUACGUUAGUAUGCAGCUUGGGAGUGAAGGGAAUGUGUGCCUAUCUCCACAGUCAUACAUAAACUCCGGGAUGUUCAGGCUUUGAAGGAUGCUUAUGACUUGAUCAAAUCAGCCAGUGAAGGAAAAUCUGCAUUUGACUCAGAUAACUUCAGCACCGACUUGUAUGUUUUAUGUGCUGAACAAGCACUUCAGAUGGGAUAUCCAGAAAUGAGCAGUGACUGUCUACAGAUGUAUUUUAAAGCAAGAUUUCCUGUGAACCAAUUUCUUGGCAGAGCCUAUUUGUGCCAAGGCCAGUUGCAUGCUCUACACUCUACAGAUAAUUUGGAGGAGUUUGAAAAGUUCGUGCUGUUUUUUAUAAAAGCAAUAGAUUUUGCCCGCCACGAUAGAAGAUAUUAUUUUUUGAUAUAUAAUGCCUCAGUUCUUUAUUGGCAACUUGUGAGGCCAUUUCUUAAGCCUGGAUUCCGCAAUUGCCUCAUUCCCAGCCUUUCUCAGAUUGUUACAGCAUUAAACCAAAUUGAAGAGCAAGACAAUGAAUGGAGAGCAGAACUGAUGAUAAAUUUACUCGAGUGCUUCCUCGAUGCUUCAAAACUGGAAGAAGCAAAAGAGUUUUCAUCUACUGCAGCAGUCUUUAUUAAGGAAAAUGUUCCAGAGAAAUACUCUCAAAUAUUUUCUCUAAUGGUGUAUCACAAACUGAUGGAUAUUUCUGAGGUAGAGAAGGACAUACAAGAUUCCACCCAUUUUUUAGUUAUUUAUAAAAUGCAGAUGUUAAAAUUGCAGUGGGACACAAAUAAAUUUCCAAGUGAUGCCAUCGCAGAGCUGAAUUCUUUAUAUGCACUUUUGAAACAAUAUGAUUUACCUCCAGCAUCUGUUCUCAGUGUGAAGGUUCCUUUGAUUCUGGAAUUAGCUCAUUUUUCUUUGAAAGUAAACUGCACUGAGUUGGCAUCUCAAUGUAUCCUCGAUUUGAAAAGUGCUGGGAUUACUGAGCCAGGGAAACUUAUUGAAAUAGAAUGCCUGGAAUGUGAAUAUGAAAGAAGAAAAAAUGCCACUAAAAUUGUGACUUACACCAAAGGAGUUGUUGAGGGUCAGCUGGAAUUGAUAAAAAAUCUUGACUUAAGCUUAAAACGUGCAGUUCAGUUGGGAGAUCCUAAUGUGAUUCAGGUUGUUUGUGCAACCCAGUGGAAUCUGUGCUUGCCACUGCUACAGCACAACUUGCACCAACACGUGCGAAAGCCCUUGAUCUCAGUUGCUGAUGCCCUUGAAGAGAUUGACAGCACGUUGACGUUGUUGCGUUGCCAAGUUCACAUGGAAAUAGCUCGUAUUGAAGAAGAUGGGGAUAGACUGGAGGCUGCUGUGGGACAUUUGCAAAAAGCUAUUCAGGUGGACAGCAGUGGGCAGUACCAAGAACAUCUGAGACUGACUUUGAACCGCGUUCAUUGGUGCACGGUGCUGUACCAGGCACCUGAGCGUCAGGAGGACCGGGCGGGAGUGAUGAUUGAACAGGCUAAAAGGGGAAAACAAAAGGACGAUGUGAGGAAAAAGAGAUCCCUUCUGGUAAAUGCAGGUCUUGCACUGGCUCCUGAUACAUUUCGAAUAGUCCUUGACAGUGAAAAUGAAGCUAAAGUUUCCUCAGGUAAAAGUACGAGUCAAAUAAGCUUCCUCUGUGCAAAAGCCCAGCAUCACACUAGGAGUGUGGGGAAAGUUGAUGAGCAUUUGAAACACCUGAGAAAUGAAAAUGUCAGAGAGAGAAUUAUACUUUGGGCAGAUUUGGCAAAAGUUGCACGUAAGCAGGAAGUCUGGGAUGUGUGCCGUGCAGCAUGUAGAUUCUGCCUCUUGUAUGAAGAGAACUUGUUUAGGAAGAUAUCAAAGCCUAAAAAAACACGGAAGAGCAAAGCUGGUGCAGCUAUGAUGGUUAAUGGUCAAGGUGACACCUCAGGAGAAUCAUUGCUACCUGCUAAUUCCUUCUCUUUAGAAACAGAUUCACUGAGAAUACUAGCAGAAAUAAGAUUCAUUAAUGCAGAGGCAACUGUUCAUUUACUAAGAUUGCAGGGAAUUGAACUGAAUGAUCGUGCUGUACCUCCAGAAGACACAAACCAGGAUCAUCCAGGAGAUGUUUCAUAUCUUCUGGAAAAUGAUCCAGAAUGGAAAACAUACAGUUUAUGGAUAGACUGCUUAUCUCAGUAUGCUAUGGAAAACUUCCAGCGUGCAGCUGAAAUAGGAGAACAACUGAAUGAAGCCUGGAUUGUUCACAAUGCUGUGGUGUAUAUCUUAAAUUACAACAGACAUCUGAUUUCUUCAGGAAGACAGAGGGAAAUCAUUGAGUAUCUGCAGACUCUCCUUGGAGCCAUCAAGACUGUUGGAUACAAUGGAAGUACUGAGAUUUUACUGAUGUUAUGUAACGCUUUGGCUCGGGGCCUAAUUAUUCCUUGGAUUCCAGAGCCAAAACCUGCUGAGGAGAAAGAAGAAGAUACAGCAGUAGACAAUGGCAGAAAAGCUGCAGGAAAGAAACAGGAAAAGGCAAAUGUCACCCAGUCUCUCUUGGUAGAUCCUAGUGGACUUUCUGACAUCCAAGCUGCCCUAGAGAUUUGUGACUUUGCCCUAAGUGUGAUGACUGGAACCACACCUAAGGGAACCGUCCCUGUUGCUGCACAACAACAGGUCAUUGCUACCUGGGUGAAAGCAAAGCAGUUAAAUCAGCAGCAGAUCAAUCUUGGGACUCAGGAGGAGAAUAAUGAUGAAGCACAAAAUCCUAUGGCAAGAAUUCUUAUUGGUCUGGAAAUGUAUUCAUGUAAUGGCUUGGGUCUCAUGGAUUUCACUGUUCCUAGCUUAUCUGAGUUAGUGAAAUUGUCUUUAGAAUGCAGUUGGUCGGAUUCCUUAGUGGAGCUGCAGACACUGACACGACUUAUGUAUUUUGCAUACGUAUCACACGCCUAUGAAAUAGUGACAACUUGUUCCAAAAGGAUCUUGGAAUCAGAUAGGAAUUCUGUCCACAACAGAGAUGCUAAGAAAUAUGAUGUGCCAGGUAACAGACUGAAACAAGAAAUGUUAAGCACUACUACCUGGAUGCAAGGACAGAGCAUAAUGGAAAAUUUGUCUGGAAGAAAACAUCUGCGUGUAGCAGCAGCAAACGCCUUUGCUCAGAGUGCCAGGCAUGCAGGUGGAGCUGGGAAUUAUUCCCUUGUAAUGUUUGCAGCGAGACACUUUUGGAAUGCAUGUUUACCUUUGCUGGGCUCUCCACAUGACAGAGAACAUCUUAAAGAACCUACUGAAAUAAUUCUUAAGAGUAUAAUUAAAGCAGAAUCUAAAAAUAAACAGGAAGAGAAAGCAAUGUGGCCUUUGCAUCAGUGGAUUACAAAGGAUUUUCAAAGUAUCAGGUUAUUAGAUGAAUGCUUUCUCCCAGGUGCUGAGGAAGAUCUGACAUUAAGAAUCUCCUUAUAUGGGUUAUUAUGCCACAUAUAUGCUGAUAAAGCUGACUGGGAGACAGCACUAAAAGUCCUGGAUGAAGCUAAUCAAGUUUUGCCUCAGACAAGACACAAACUCCUGAUUUUCAAACACAUGGCUACAGUGAGGGCAGGAUUGGGAUGCAGUUUUACGGUGGCCAUUCAGAAAAUCAGUCGUGAAAGCGAAGAGUAUUUGCCACAGAUGUGGCGUCACUUGGCGACAGUCUCCAGAAGUACUGCUGGACAGCUGAGCUGUUUCAAGAAUGCCAUCAGUGCUUCACAGAAACAAGAAGAUAAGUUGCAGAGUGUUGAUUACCUGAUGGAAUUUGCUGAAUGGUUAUACUGUAAUCAGUUUCCGCUCAACGAUGCUAUUAAACCUCUGCACUGGGCAGUAGAUCUCCUGCUGCGCAUGAAAUUCCCUAUGCAAUCCUCACAAGAGGAAGGAAAAAUUGAUGUAGCGGAAUUUAUGCCCACAGAAAACAUUAAGAUGAACAGUGGAGCAAAUGAUAUCAUUCCUCAAAUUAAUUUGGAGGAUUUGAGUAAUAUUAAACAGUUGGAAGCUUUGUUCAGAGCACAGACAUUACUGGCUGUAAUUUCUGGUCCUGGUUCUCCUUGCCAUCAGCAGCACUGUUUGCUGGCGUGUGCCUGUAUCGUCCGGAUCUGGCAGAUAUCAUUGCCAGCAUCAGGACUUAUUACAAAAGCAACAUCAAGAUCUUCACAACCUACAACUACUCAGAAAUUGAAGUCAAAAUCUCCUCCUAAAAAAGAGAAGGGCAGAAAGACACAAUCUGAUAUUUCUGUUCCAAAAGAGGAGCCUAAACUUGAUAGCUUACCAGCAAAUGUGGAAGAAUGGGCCCUGUACGAAUGUCCUAAGGAAAUCAGAGAUGCUUUUAAACAGAAUACAAAUAUCUAUGGUAUUAACUGGGAAAAUUUCCCCAAACCUACCUGCACUUUGUAUUUUAUGGAUCUCUUAUCUAAAGAACUACAGAAGAUUUUUUGCCCCCACUUGAUUCUUCCCAUCUUUCAACUAGCCAAAGUUAUUGCUAGUGAAGUUGUGGAAUGUAGAAGUCUGUCUGAUCUCUAUCACCUUCGAAUUGCCCUGAUAUGUUCAGAUUUAAAACUGAGUCAGGCAUCUGUGUAUCAUGAGAGAGCUGCUGGAGAAACACAUAUUAGUGACUUGGAACAAGCAAUGUGUAGGCAAGAGAUUGCACUGAAAAAAUCAAAAACUGUACAUACAGAAACAGAAGAAAGAAAAACAUCUUCUGGAAAUGCUGAGCUGAAUAUUAGUAGGGAUGAGAAUAUCCUUAAUUCAAGUGAAAAGGUUUUUGAGUUAAAUGCAGCAACAGGAAAAGGACUGAGCGCACUUUCUUUCCCUUCCUUGUGGAUUGAAAAAGCUGAUGUACUAAUUCAGCUUGGCUUGUAUCAACCAGCGAGACUGCUGCUUGCAGAGGCCCAUGCUGCAACUCAGGAAUUGAGGGCCCUGUCUGAUGUGUCAAGGUGCUUGUACUUACUGGCUGUGUUGGCUAACCUGGAAAGGAACCACAGACAAGCUAAAGCACUCCUGGAGAAAGCACAGCUUCUGGGAGGAAAUGAGCAGUUCUGGUACAACAGUACUCUUAGUCUGGUAGAAGCAAUUCUAGAGGAAGAGGGGGAAGGAAAACAGAGCAUGGCUUGUGAGAUUCUGGGACACACUGUAAAUGUGCUCCAAUCCACGUUACUGAGGAGGCCUGGCAGGCAGGCAGAGCUGGGGUUUAUGAUUGCAUCCCUUGAAGCCAGGAAAACACUUAUUCAGAUACAUUUUUCUCAAGAUCAUAUGACAAUUAAUGCUGAGUCUGCUCAGUUGCCACAUAUGCUACAGGAAUCUUACAAUAAAUUGGUUCAAAUUGAGAAGGACUUCGUUCAUUAUGGGCAUGAAAACUGCAGUGCUGAGAUACUGCUGGAAUGUGCAAAUAUCCGUAGGUUGAUUGCCAAGCAGGAAAGGAACAGAAAAGACAAACACAGUCAUUAUCUAGAUGCUUACAACUUAGCUCAGAGGGCAGUAUCCAAAACUGAGGAAGUGUUUCAGAAUGUUCGGAGUUUAUUUGCAUUUAAUGAGAGUACAAAUAUUAGUAUCCCAUUAAUAAGGCAAUUAGCUAACAGGAAAAUAAAUCUUGUAGAAAUUCUUUUGGAUAUAUUUCAUCUUGUUAUUACUGAGAAAAAGCGUAAAGAAUUGGGAGAGGUGUCAUCUCAUGAAAUUGUGGAGGCAUUCAUCAUUGAAGAGGAUGCAUUAGAACAGGAUUGGAAGCAUAUGGAAUGUGCUGUGGGUCACAUUACGCUGGCUCAGUUAGCAAAUGUACAGAAUCUCUGUAAAGGCUGUCCCGACAUCAAAUCCAAAUGCCUGUAUCUGACUGGAAAAACUCUUCAUUUCCUUGCCAUUGCUGUAAAUCCUGUAUAUUCAGAGAUUUACUGGAAGCCCAGUGUUAUGGAAGAAGCUAAAUCAGACAUCAGAAAAUCUUGCCUGUCUUCAGCAGAAUGCAGAGAACAGGACAGGACAGACAGUGGUUUACUGACUAAUAAAUGUCAUAAUGAUAAGGACAGGAGGAAAAUACAGGAAUUAAAGAAGGAACAUAAGAUGGCUCAGAAGUAUCUUUCUCAGUCCAGUGAGGCUUUGCUGCAGUGUAUGGGGAUUGCAUUCAGUCAGAACGUGACUGAUGUACUGACUUCUGCUAGUUUGGAAAUGGCCGAAUGCUUUCAACAGUUUGAUCCAGUUUCAGCAAGCCAGUUUUUGGCACUUCAUCAGAGCUGUUCAGUGUCUAUGAUGAUGAAGAGUAUUCUCCUAACGGCUACAUCCAACACCAGCAGCUCUCAGCUGGCAGCAUUGCUGCAUCUCCAGAAUCAUUUGAAACGAAACAGAAACACAAGUGAUCUUCUAAAACGUGUGGAACAGCAACUGGCUGCUACUUCAGUGGCAUGGAGGAACCUCUGUAUUCCUGUUGAACAUUUUAAUAUAAUGGAUGAAUUGCCAUCCAAUUUCUACAUAGUUAUUCUCCAGCACUCAGAAGACAGAUCAAAUCUGUACAGUUCAUUGAUUGAGAUGCCCAAAGUAAGCAUUGCACAGCAGAAAGAAAAACUCCCCCAGCUGAUGGUGCAGGCCAAAGUGUCUCGAUUUCCUGUGAAUCCUGAUGCGUUUUGUGUUUUGUUGGAAAAAGUGCGUCUGUACAAGCAGCAAAAAAUGAAGAGUCACCUUAAACAAAAUGUCAUUCAGAACUUGCAAGAGUUUGUCUCCAAAACAGAUGUGACUCCAACAGAGAAAACAGAUGAUAAUGGACUUGAUUUGACAUCAGAUUUCUCUGAAAUAUUAGAAAUUAUGGAAGAAUAUCUGAAACCAGUGCUGUCACAGUUUGAUUUUUCUGCUAUCAGAGAAUCCCAGCGUGUAACAGUUUCAGCAGCUGAAUCAGGAAAAAAGAACAUGAAAGACAAGGACACUAAACAAGCUGGAAUGCAGGAGACAUCUAUGGAUUUGGAAUUGUAUGUGGUAUUGCUAGGGGAUACAUUACUUAUGGAAUUGCCUUUGGAAGCUCUGAGUAUAUUUAAAGAGGAAGGAAUAAGUUCUGUAUCCAGAGAUUUUUCUCUCCAGAUUCUCUACAAUCGACGACGUUUGGCUGAGUCAGAGACAGAUGUUGAAAUAUCUAAAGAAACAAAAUCAAAAUCACGUCAGAAAAAGAGUGUUCAAAUGGCAACAGUUAAUCGUGAUUUACCCUUGAGUGUUGAUGCUCGUAAUUUUAAAUACAUUGUGGACCCCUAUAAUGAAGGAAGUGAAGCAGAAGCUUCAAGUCCUUCCCAGAAAAUAAAGGAAAUCCUAGAAAAAUACCGUGACCUGUUCACAGCACAGUGGGAAGGUGUCAUUGGCAAUGUGCGUGUUCCAAGCCAAGCUGAGUGGGAGCAGCUGCUGACAAGCUGUAGUGCAUUUCUCUUCUAUGGGAUGGAGAGAUUCAUGUCUCAUGUAUUACUGAACAGAUUGGUUGCUAUGAACAUCCCAAAAUGCAAUUUGAUGAUUCUUCUGGAUCUGGUACGAUCACAGCAAAGUUACCAAAGAAUUACAAAUGCUGAUAUCCACAAAAGUUGCCUACAUAUCACUCUAGAGAGACCAACAGAGACAGCAAUGCUGCUGAGCCUCACUGGGGUUGGCUGUGUAGUGGCCACCCAGUGGUACACGAGCCUGCAGGAGAACGCAGAGAGGCUGGAGAUCCUGUUCCACAAUUUGCUGAGCAUCGGUAGAACAACAGGGCAGUCAGUCCGUAUUCUUCAAAAGAGUGGAAUUCACAAGAAAAGGGAUUCCAUUAAAACGGAAGUGGAUUCUCUCAGCUCUUCUGGAGACAGAACAGAAGAACAGACUGCUCACACUUCCUCAGAUCUUCCUGCAACUCAUCCAUCAUUUUUCAACUGUGUGCUCUAUGGUUUACCCAACGUCAUUUUGGUGUAAUUUGUGUCAGUCUUUCUGUGCUGGGAAACCUUCACUGUGCACAGGGAACCUUUGUUUUUUCAAAAUCCCAAAUAAGAUUAUUAUGUGUAUGGAUUUUGUAAUAUGCUCUGUUAAACAGCAGUGCAUUUUUAAAUUACAUGCUUUAAAACUAUUUGUCGUGAUAGCAGUAGAAAUAGAUGUAAAAUAAUUUAAUACUUAUGGAAAGUAUAAAUCUUUGAUUGUUAUUGCAACUAAAACCAUUUUAAGAGUCUUUUUUUUCCCCAGUAAAAUGGUGAUGUGUUGUUUCCUGUAACAGUUUUUUUGUGUUUGAUGCUGAUAGAACAUUAAAAUGGCACUGAAAA